AUGCGAGAUAUCUGAGUUCCCACCAGGUUCAGACGAACUCGUCUGCUCACCAGCAGUUGUCCCUUUUCAAGCCAUUUCACCUACUAUAUCCUCGUUGUGCUCACCCUCACCAACGUUCCUGACUGCCUCAAUCAGCACCUCCGCAAUCCAAUCCGCAUCACACUCCUGCCUCACCAACCGUCGAGAACGAUGAGAACCAACAGACCUCACACUUACCAAGACUAAUCCUCCACUGCAAUGAUGGCUUCGGCCACCGACGAACGCAAAUCCUCAUCCGGCGAAACCUCUCGCCCUCCCCUCCCUCCUCCCGAAUACCUCGUCCAAUCCCAAACCAUCGACCUCGACAUCGACCUCCUCCGCCAACGCAUCCAAGGCCGCGCCGAACUCGCCGUUCAACCCCAGAAAGACCAUCCAGGUCCCAUCCCCCUCAACUUCCGCAGCGGCACCAUCAAAGCCAUCACCGUUAACGGCGUGCGCGCCACCUACACGCACGCCGACCCGUUCGCAAACCUCCGCGUCCGCCGCCGCAACGUCUCGCACCACGACCGCAUCCGCGACGACCUGGGGGUCGCGCUGGACGAGCCGCUUGAGCCGCAGGUGCAGAUCAAGAUCCCGAAGGGGGUGCGGUUCGAGAAGACGCGGUUCGGGACGCCGGGGGAGAGGGGGAAGCUGAAGCUGCUGAGCGUGGCGGAUGCAUUUCUCGGGCAUGAAUUGCCGAUGGGCAAAGAUGCGACCACGACGUAUGAGCCGGUGAAGGUGGUGGUGCAGUAUGAGAUUACGGAUUGCAGGGAGUGCAUGCAUUUCGUGGGGGUGGACGAGAACGACAGUCGGUUCCCGCAUGCGUACACGCUCAAUUCGCCUUAUCCCGGGUCGGCGUCGACCCUCUUUCCCUGCAUUGACGGGUUCGACUCGCGAUCCCUCUACAAUGUUUCCGUCCGCGUUCCUCGAACCGUUGGGGAUCUGUUCUCCGGCGCGGGGAAGAUCGGAGACGAGCUGGCGGCCAAUUUGACUGAGGAAGAGAAGGGUAUGGAGAUGGCGGUGCUGGGUUCCGGGGACUUGACAGACGAGAUUGUCGAUGCGGAAGAUAAAUCGCAUAAGACGUUCUCGUUCAAGUGUGAUAUGCCAAUCACCGCCCGGCAUUUCGGAAUUGCAGUUGGUCCGUUCGAACAUGUGGAUCUUGCGGAGUACCGGGAGAGCGAACAGGAUGAGCGUCUGGGUGACAGUGCUGUUCAUGUGCAUGGUUUCUGUCUUCCCAAUCGGAGCAAGGACUUGCGGAAUACUUGCCUGCCUAUCGCAAUGAGCAUCGACCACUUCACACAGAAAUACAGCACCUUCCCAUUCAAGACCUACAAGAUGUGCUUUAUCGACGACCUCGACGUAAACGUGGCACAUACAGCAAGCCUCUCGAUUUGUAGUUCGAGACUGCUAUUUCCUGAGAAGAUCAUUGACACUAUGGACGACGUGACUCUCGCCCUCGUGCAUGGGGUUGCCUGUCAAUGGGCGGGAAUCAUGGUCGUUCCGAAAACCCCACUAGACGCAUGGGUUACCGCUGGCGCUUCGAUGUACAUGGCAUUGCUCUUCAUGCGCGAGCUGUGGGGGAGGAACGAAUACCGAUUCCGUCACAAAGACAUGAUCGACAAGGUCUUUGAAAUGGACGUGAAUCGACAGUCCCUCGAAAAUCUUGGCCCCCUUCUCUCACUCGAUCCCUCCGAAGCGGAGUUCAUGAAUAUGAAGGCUCCAUUGGUUCUUUACAUCUUGAAUAAUCGUAUCAUCAAAGCCAUGGGCCGCAAUGGCGUCGACCGUAUCCUCUGGAAGACGUUCACUCAGGCAUUGUCAGGCACGGGACCCGAAGCCUCCAUCACCACCGAGGCGUUCCGGAAGAUCUGCGAGCGAGUCGGACACAUGAACUUCGAGGUCUUCUUCGGUCAGUGGGUCCAAUCGUCGGGGUGUCCCAAAUUCUACGUCGGGCAGAAGUUCAACAAGAAGAAGCUGGUGGUCGAGUUGACGUUCCGACAGAACAACGGAUUAGCCAGCGUGGAUCAAUCAUUUACGGCCGAUUCGUUGACGCGCAAGUUUAAAGAAGCGGCGACGGGCGUCCCGAGUACCCAGACACCAUCACUCUUUACAGGACCGAUGACGGUGAGAAUCCACGAAGCGGAUGGGACGCCCUACGAGCAUAUCGUGGAAAUCAAGGAGAUGGUUACGAGAAUCGAUAUCCCCUACAACACCAAGUACAAACGACUGAAGCGGAGUAAGCGACAGAAAGAGCGCGCCGCGAUCAAUUCCGGUGUGGACGUUGCUGAUGCGCAAGAUGACGUUCUCGUGUACUGCCUUGGUGACGUGCUGCAGACCGAGGACGAAGUUCAGGAUUGGAGUCUCGUUGAUUGGUCCCGAGAAGACGAGAUCAAGAUGGGCGAGGAGUCGUACGAAUGGGUUCGUGUGGACAAAGAUUUCGAGUGGAUCGGCGAGAUCCAAUUCAAUCAGCCGCAUUACAUGUUUGUUUCCCAGCUACAGCAAGACCAUGACGUUGUGGCACAGGUCGAGGCAUUGAAAUACCUGGACAAACAACAGCCCUUCCCUAUCAUCUCUACCAUUCUCGUCCGCACCCUCAUGGACACGCGAUACUACUACCGGAUUCGCCUGCAUGCCGCCAGGUCCCUUGUCAAGUGCGCCACCGACACCAUAAACUGGGUCGGCUUAGAACAUCUCGAGAAAGCAUAUCAAGAGCUCUUCUGCAUCCCCGGCUCUGGAUUACCUCGACCGAAUGACUUCUCUCAGCGUGAAAACUACGCGAUUCAGUGCGAGAUCAACAAGGCCGUCUCGACCGUCAAAGACAGCUCGGGCAAGUCCACGCCGCGAGUCAAGCAGUUCCUACUGGAUAAAUUGAAGUUCAAUGAGAACUCAGAGAACCCGUACUCCGAUGUCUUCUAUGUUUCCAUGCUGUUAAGCGCCUUGACCGAAACUCUUCUGGUCAAACAGGAGCGUGGGCAAUCCUCAUUCACCUUCGAAGACGAGGACGAGGAUAAUGAGAUGGCAUUUGUUAAAUUCGUUCUUGGUGAGCUCGAAAGAUAUCGACGGAUUGACGAGUGGGUGCCGUCGUUCCACAACAUCUACUCCACUACCACCUUGGAGUGCCUGGCGAAACUCGUCCAACACAAGGUCGUCAACCUAAAAGGCGCCGAAUUCUUUCAGUACACCCGGCCGAGCAACUGGGGCGAGGUGCGCCUCAAAGCAUUCGAGGCACUGAUUGACGUGGGCCUUCUGCAAGCGCCAGGCGUUCUCUCUUUCCUACUCUACUCAUUCGAAUCCGAGAAAUCUCCAUACAUGAGACGACGACUCUGGAGUAUUUUCGAACGAGGCAUCUCAAAGGUUGCGCUGGGCGAGUUCCGCAAGGAACCCGAAAAGCCGGCAACAAACGGUCUCAUUGUCGAGGGAGAUAGCAGUGCGCAGACCCAGCGACAGGUCCAGAAGCAGCGCACCACCGAAGUUGGGGGAGCGUUGGACGCGCUUAGAAAGGAGCUUAGCAACAACGAGUCACUACGAACGGCACUCACCGGCAUCCUGCGCUCAAACAGCCUCACCCUCCAAGAAUACUCCGCGGUCCUUGACAUCUGUAACCUCCUCUACGAGCCCGUUAAAGGCGGCCUUAUCGUCAAGCUCCGCUACCCCCGCUUCUGGCGUUGUGAAAACCUCGGCGAUGGCAAGCUGCGUUUCUACAACACCUCCCGAAUCCGCACCACCAAAACCCCCAAAUGGAAACCCAUCGCUCCCGCCAUCCCACGCCUCUCCAUCAAAACCUCCAUCUCGAAACCCGCACCCGCACCCGCGCCCGCGCCCGCGCCCGCACCGGCACCCGCACCGGCACCCGUACCCGCCUCCCGCCCCGCCCCGUCCCCCACCGACUCUCGAAAACGUCGCCGCAGCAGCACCGCCGAAGACGAUGCCCCCCUCAUGAGCACCAAAGCCGCCCGCGAGACCCCCGUCCAGAAACGCACCCCGCUCCUCAAGCUGAAGACGAAGCUGCCGGAGCCCGCGACCCCACCGCGGAAGAUCUUGAAGCUGAAGCUGCCGAGCGGCGGGUUGCGGCGGUUUCAGGAGUCGUUGCAGGUGCCACAGCAGCCGGCGAGCGACAGGCUUGAGGCGACGCCGUCGACGGUGAAGUCGGCGAGUCCGGCAGUGGGGGCGCCGGCGGCGGAGCAGGAGUCGGUGAAUGGGAAGAAGUCGCCGCAGACGCCGAUGGGGGGGCCGUUGAAGCGGGUGAUUUCUUUCAAGACGAAGUUUUCGGGGAAGCCGUGAUUUCAGAUACGGUUGACCGACUGACUCAGGGGGGACUAUAUCAACACGAGUCUGGGUCCAUUGGAGAAACGGGCCACAUUUGCGUUUUUGUGUUUUUCAGCUAAAAGCGUUCGUAUUAUGCAUAGCGUGAUGGAGUUCCUUUAUUUUCGGCUCGACGGGUUUCAGCAUAUGGUAUGGGAAUGGGCAUUUAUAACGGACGCGGGCGCGCGAAUGGCGUCAGGCGGGAUACCACAGGGCACAGGUACUUCGGUACAGGAAAAGGGCUUUCUGUACAUUAUCCGGACACUAAAAGGAACAGCAAUAUGUAAGUUGCAAACCAUGAUCGC